AGUGCGCAUGCGUAGCCGUACACUAUAGUCUGUGGACAAGCCAUGCAGUUGAGACAGCAACAAAGCUACAGCUAGCUCCCGUCUCUGGUAAAUAGACUGUAGCUACAUGAUGGUGCAGUGGGCUAACGCUUGCCUGUAUGUGAGAGAAACAGAUAGACAGGCAGACGCUGUGUGUUAUUGGUAGGCGGUGGCAGAAGCUUUGCGGAAGUGUGUGACACCGUAGUCAUAUGACCAGGCAGGCAGCCGGAAAAAAUGCUACCCCGAUAUGGCUAAAAUUCCUCGGACACGGUGACCAAUCCACAACGAACACGAUGGAGGAGAUUAAAGUGUCUCCUGACUAUAACUGGUUCAGAAGCACAGUACCCCUGAAGAAAAUUAUUGUUGAUGAUGAUGACAGUAAGGUGUGGUCAUUGUAUGAUGCUGGCCCAAAGAGCAUCAGGUGUCCUAUCAUCUUCCUCCCUCCAGUCAGUGGGACAGCUGAGGUGUUUUUCCAGCAGGUGUUGGCUCUGACAGGCUGGGGCUACAGAGUCAUUUCGCUGCAGUAUCCGGUGUACUGGGAUCUAAUGGAGUUCUGUGACGGCUUCAGGAAACUUCUCGAUCACCUGCAGUUGGAUAAAGUCCAUCUGUUCGGGGCAUCUCUUGGGGGAUUCUUGGCUCAGAAGUUUGCAGAGUGCACACACAAGUCUCCCAGAGUGCACUCAUUGAUACUGUGUAAUUCAUUCAGCGAUACCUCCAUCUUUAAUCAGACAUGGACAGCAAACAGUUUCUGGUUGAUGCCAGCUUUCAUGUUGAAGAAGAUUGUUCUGGGGAACUUUGCUAAAGGACCUGUGGACUCUAAAAUGGCAGAUGCAAUUGACUUCAUGGUUGACAGGUUGGAGAGUCUGAACCAAAGUGAGUUAGCAUCGCGGCUAACACUCAAUUGUCAGAACUCCUAUGUGGAGCCGCACAAAAUAAAAGAUGUUGCUGUGACCAUUAUAGAUGUGUUUGAUCAGAGUGCUCUGUCACUGGAGGCGAAGGAGGAGAUGUAUAAACUGUAUCCUAAUGCGAGACGAGCUCAUCUGAAAACAGGAGGAAACUUCCCGUACCUGUGCAGGAGCGCUGAAGUCAACCUCUACGUACAGAUUCACUUACGUCAGUUCCACGGGACAAGAUACGCUGCCAUCAGUCCUGCCAUGGUGAGUGCUGAGGAGCUGGAGGUGCAGGGGAGUCACCUGAGCAGUAACCAGGACUCUGAUGAUGACCAGUGAGACGACGUUUACCUGCAGGCUGUCUCCUCUAAACAUUUUCCAACAGUUUCUAUUACUCUUCUCCUGAAUGCAUCAUUUCACAGGACAUUCUUCAGAUUUUCUAUGGAGCUCAACAGGCAAUCAGCGAGUUGACCGAGAAUAUUUUUAUUUUACAGAUGAAGCGAUAUUUUGAUAAUGAUCUGUACAUAAAUAGUGCUGGGCCGCAUUGCUUUAAAAACAUAUGACACCUUGCCUUAUGUGGAAUUAAUCUCAUAAUUGUUGCACUCAUAUAUGCCUGAACUGUUUUCCUCAAGUAUUAAUUUAGGUGUGUGAUAUAUAACAGAAAGAUAAACAUAUAUCUUAAGGUGUUUGUGUUAUUCAAGUGAAGUAACAUUUUUUUCCAUUUGUUUUGAUAUACAGGAAAUUGACAUGCUGUGUUAAGUUUGUAAUAACCUUCAAACUCUAGCAGUGUCUCAGCACAUGGAGUCCAUCUAUUGAACUGCCAAAGCUUCAGCCUCUGAAACAUAAGUUAUGUUUUUGCAAACUGAAAUUCCAGAGUCACUGUAUGUUUUGUAGUGUCAAGCUUCAGAAAAGAACAUCCUUUUAGAAACAGUCACUGCCUCUAAAGUACAAAUGUUUCUUCAUAUAUAAACUGCUGUGGGGCCAUUGGUCAAAAUGCUCUUGCAGCUUUAUGUCAUCACUUUUCUUUCUCUGCUUCUGAACACUUAAAAAACAUUUUUAAAUUAUGUGCUGUGCCUUAGAGGUUCAACAUUCAGCAGAAAACCAGUUGAAUGUUGAAAUUUGGUGUUAUGUAGAACCAAUGAAGAACAGCAGAAUGUGCUUCAAAUGUUCCCCUUCACUUAGUUAAUUACAGUAUAACCAAUUAUGUCAACCAAGUCCAUGUUUCCCUGUUUCAGCCCUUGUUUCACAAUUUAAAGUUAUGUAAAGCUGUUAUUAUUAUUUUUAUAUGGCCAAUGUAUUAAAUGUGAAAGCGGUUGCUCAUAAUGAAAAAAAUGGUCACAGGACAACAUAAACAACAUAGCUUUGUCUUGCAACUAUUGUCUGUAUACAGAGGAAAAGCUGUUAAAAGCCACUGUAAACUACCUGCUCAGCAGCAAACUGACACAGACAACCUGGUGAACUUAGUUUCAAGGUUAUUUUAGUGUCAUUUACAGCACAGGAUUGUAAGUUUUAAUUUAGAUAUACACAGAUCAGCCAUAACAUUAUGAACACUGACAGUUGAAGUGAAUAAUACUAAUUAUUCAAGAUUCAAGAGGUUUAUUAUCUUAUGUACAGUAAGAAACACAGUGGGUUGUACGUACAAUGAAAAUCUUACUUUGCCCAACUCCCUGAGGCAACACACAAGCACAAGAUUAUCUCGUUAUCAUGACACCUGUCAGUUGCUGGGAUAUAUUAAGCAGCAAGUGAACACAAGUGUAAGGAUUUAAGCAACGGGCCAAAUUGUGAUGGCUAGAUGACUGGGUCAGAGCAUCUCCAAAACUGCAGCUCUUGUGGGGUGUUCCCGGUUUGCAGUGGUCAGUACCUAUCAAAAGUGCUCCAAGGAAUGAAAAGCGGUGAACCGUAGACAGGGUUAUGUGUGGACAAGGCUCAUUGAUGUAUGUGAAGAGUGAAGGCUGGCCCUAGUAGUCCUAUCCGACAGUUGAGCUAAUUGCUGAAAAGGUUAAUGCUUGUUCUGAUUGAAAUGUGUUUGCAGUUUGUUGGUAUGUGACUGAUUGGUGUAGUUCCCUUAAUGCAACUUGUAAAUCAAUAAAAAAUUCUUAUAUAAAAAAA